AUGGGGACACAGGCAGAAAUGAGGAGACAGGUCAACGUCAACACCAACAAUGGCAACAACGGCCAACAGCGACGGCUACAGCAACCACGUGUAACGGCUGCCGGGCGCAAGGACCUUCAGGCCUCCGGCACAUACCACGGUGCCACCGCUACAGGGCGGGUGCAGGACAAUAGAUCGCGAUCGUCACAUACCAAUUUUCACAGCAGAGACAUGCAGUCGUCGCAACGUACAACGCUACCGCAAGGGCAAGAACGCCACCAGUCGCAGUUUUCCAACAGGCAGCCAACGACAAACACGUCCAUACCACAGGAUAAAGUGGUCACAUAA